AUGAGCCAGAAGAGCACAGCCCUGCUGAAGGACCAGAUGCCGAGGAGAGGGAAGAAGACAAUGAUGAAGAUUAGACUGCUGCUAAAGACGUAUGUGGAUCUCGACGAACGAGAUGCUGAGGGAGUAACAGAGAGUACUGUUCGUCUGCGCGUCGCACUCGCGGCAGAAGACAGCUCGUUUUCGCAGGGUGAAGUCGGCGUUGACGAGCACGAAGCCGAAGAUGGUGGCCAGAAUAAGCGCAAGCCAACACCAAGUUAA